AUGACCUCUGAAGCCUUCAAACUGAAGAGCCUCUCUAAGCAAGUCAGAAAAGACUUCAUCCGAGAUGCUGAAGUAAGACUACAGGAGCGCCUAGCCAGAGAAGCUGAGGAGCAAGCCCGAAAGGAAGCAAAAGAAAAAGCAAGCCAAGAGGAAAUACAAAUACUUAAGGAAGCUGAAGCCAGAGCUCUAGCUGACGCUACUGCUGCUGAAGCUGAAGCUAAAGCCGCUGCUGAAGCUGAAGCUCAUCGUGCUGAAGAAUCUACCAACAGGGUAGAACCGAAUGCUCUGAAUCAGGGGGAGUCUUCCACCUUUGUCCCUCUGGUUCUCAAGACACUUGAAGAUCUUCAUAAGAAGCAGAAAGAAGUCCGAGCUAGAUUGGAUCAACAGGAUUCAAACUUAAUUGGAGUUCUAGAUAUAUACGGAUUCGAGAGUUUCAAGACAAACAGGGAUUUCAUGUGGAACAAUCUGACUGGCACAAUACCAAAGGAAAUCGGACACAUUACAUCGUUGAGACUCUUGCUCUUGAAUAGAAAUAAAUUAUCUGGCAGUUUACCAGAUGAGCUUGGCAACCUUAUGAAUAUGAAUAGACUCCAACUAGAUGAAAACCAACUGUCAGGUUCUGUGCCAGAAUCGUUAGCGAAUAUGAUCAACGUUAGACACCUCCAUAUGAACAACAACUCGUUCACUGGUCAACUUCCAUCCAAACUUUCAAACCUUUCCAAUCUUAUGCAUUUGCUUUUGGAUAACAAUAACUUAUCGGGAUAUCUUCCACCAGAAUUCUCCAAGUUACACAGUUUGGAAAUACUGCAACUUGAUAACAAUAAUUUCAGCGGGAAUGGAAUUCCUUCUACCUAUGAAAAUUUACCCAGGCUUGUAAAAUUGAGUCUGAGAAAUUGCAGCCUGCAAGGAGCUAUUCCCGAUUUAAAUUCAAUACCAAGUCUUAAAUAUUUGGAUCUUAGCUGGAAUCAGUUCACUGGGUCUAUACCGUCAAAUAAUCUUUCAACCAAUAUGACAACUGUUGAUUUGUCCCAUAACAAACUCAACGGAUCAAUUCCCCGAGGCGGAAUAUAUCAUUAUCUUCAAAGAUUUAAGUUUCUCAAUCUCAUAAUUAUUAAUACAGAGAGCAGAAAGAGAAAAACAGGCAUUAUUGCUGCUAUUAUAAUAGGAGUCGUUGCUGCUGUUUUAGCAAUAACCGCAAUAACCAUGCUCCUAAUUUUUAGAAGAAAUUCGAAAUACAUGCACUUGAUUUCCAGGAAACGAACGUCCUCUAAUGUAUGUAUCAAAAUAGAUGGUGUGAAAGCAUUCACUUUGAAAGAGUUGACUCACGCCACUAACAAGUUUGAUAUCUCGACUAAAGUUGGGGAAGGAGGUUAUGGAAAUGUCUAUAAGGGCAUUUUAUCUGAUGAAACAUUUGUUGUCGUUAAGCGAGCAGGAGAAAAUUCAUUACAAGGACAAAAAGAGUUCUUGACUGAGAUUGAGCUUUUAUCGAGGUUACAUCAUCGAAAUCUUGUCUCUCUAUUAGGCUACUGUGGCGAAGAAGGAGAGCAGAUGCUGAUUUAUGAAUUCAUGCCCAACGGCACACUAAGGGAAUGGAUUUCUGGUAAGAAAUUGUCCCAAAUUAUAAAUCACUUUAAACAAAUCCGCAUGUAUCUUUCGAGAAGUGCUUAUAAAACUACCUAUUCCAAAGUUGUUUGUAUUCAAACCGGCAUGCGAGGAAUGACUGCUAGAAAUGAACUUCGAUUCAGGAAGCGGACCCUAAGAAGACUGUGA